AUUUUCUUUCACUCUCUGUCAAAGAAAAAACACUUUUUACAAUUUUGUUUUAUUUAUCGAAAAAAUAAAGAAAAUUUAAAUAAAUUUCACAAUUAUUAGCAAAUUUAUAGGAAUUAUUUAAGCAAAAUUUGUUAGCAAUACCCUUGAGCCUACAUAUUGUUUAACUUUAUGGCCAAAUUUUGCUGUCUAGAAUUUCCUUGAAAUUGUAAAACUCUUUAGUAAACAAUUUCAAAACUUCUUAUUGCCAAAAUAUUUUUGCAAUAUUUAGUCAGUAUCUAACCAACAUGCAGCAGCAACAACAGAUGAUGCAACGUGUUGGGCAACCACAACCGAGUACACCAACCAGUUCGGCCCGCAAUAUGUCGUUAUUUGAUAAACAGAAAUAUAUAGAAGACUAUGAUUUCCCAUAUUGUGAUGAAUCUUCUAAAUAUGAAAAAGUGGCCAAAAUUGGUCAGGGCACUUUCGGUGAGGUGUUUAAGGCGAGAGAGAAGAAAUCCAAUAAAAAGUUUGUAGCCAUGAAAAAAGUUUUAAUGGAUAAUGAAAAGGAAGGGUUUCCUAUUACUGCCUUGAGAGAAAUUCGAAUUUUACAACUUCUCAAACAUGAGAAUGUGGUUAAUCUUAUAGAAAUUUGUCGCACCAAGGCUACGGCCAAUAAUGGUUAUCGUUCAACCUUUUAUUUGGUGUUUGAUUUCUGUGAGCAUGAUUUGGCUGGUUUGUUGUCGAAUAUGAAUGUGAAAUUCAGUUUGGGAGAAAUUAAAAAAGUCAUGCAACAACUGCUGAAUGGUCUUUAUUAUAUACAUAGUAAUAAGAUUCUUCAUCGUGAUAUGAAAGCUGCCAACGUAUUAAUAACCAAACAUGGUGUUUUAAAAUUAGCCGAUUUCGGUUUAGCUCGCGCCUUUAGUAUACCAAAGAAUGAUGCCAAAAAUCGUUAUACAAAUCGUGUGGUAACACUUUGGUAUCGUCCUCCCGAACUUUUGUUAGGAGAUCGCAACUAUGGUCCACCUGUCGAUAUGUGGGGUGCUGGUUGUAUUAUGGCGGAAAUGUGGACACGUUCCCCCAUUAUGCAGGGUAAUACAGAACAACAGCAAUUGAUUUUAAUCUCACAAUUGUGUGGUUCCUUUACACCCGACGUCUGGCCCGGCGUAGAAGAAUUGGAAUUGUAUAAAUCCGUUGAAUUGCCUAAAAAUCAAAAGAGACGUGUUAAAGAACGUUUGCGUCCCUAUGUCAAAGAUCCCAAUGGCUGUGAUUUGUUGGACAAACUUUUAACUUUAGAUCCGAAGAAACGUAUUGAUGCCGAUACAGCUCUAAAUCAUGAUUUCUUUUGGACUGAUCCUAUGCCUUGUGAUUUGGGCAAAAUGUUGUCGCAACAUUUGCAAAGUAUGUUCGAGUAUUUGGCUCAACCUAGAAGAACCAAUCAAAUGCGUAAUUAUCAUCAGCAAAUGGCUACCAUGAAUCAAAAACCACCAGAUAAUACCAUGAUUGAUCGUGUGUGGUAAAGUUUAGACUCUUAAACAGACUGCAGGAUAAUAACAUAUGUUGCUCUGAAACUUUUUCCAUAAUGCCUAAAACAACUUACUGAUUUUGAGGUUCAUUUAGUUAUGGUUUUUUUAUAUAAACUAUAUAUUAUUAUUUGUUUAGUUUUUAAGGUUAUAUUUUAGGAUUUAAAAAAAAACAUGUUUCAAAACUUUUUUUGUAAUAAGAAAU